UAUGAAAAAAUUUCUCCUAAAAGCCGUACCCCCAACAAUUUUAGUGCCGAAUCCCUCAUGAACACUUCGUAUGGCACUCGGUUUUGUUCGUCUGGUUCCGAAGUAGACGCCAUUUUGUGUGAAAAAAAUUUUUUUUUGCUGCGGCGGCAUUUUUGUGAAUAUUAGUCGAAUCACUAUUUCCUGGAGAUUUAGUGUAACAAUUACUUACCGGCUAUCGCAGCAGUUCACAAAUAAACAAAAAAUCACGCGGCAGUCUAGUUGUGUUGUUGUUGAACUGAAAGGAAAGAGCCAAACCAAACGUGCCGCUUUUAUUGUUGUGACUCCGGGCGAGCUGCAGUGAAUGUAAAAGUGAAUUUGCACGUGUGGCAGGGAAGGGAAUAGGAUAGGUGAUUAGCUUCUCAAGAUGAGCAGCAGCACCGCCGGCAGCGAUGUGGCUGCGACGCCUUCAUCGUCUCCACAGGUCAAGGUGGAAGCGGACUUCUCCGGAUCGAAGUUUGAAAUCGAUGCAUCGCUGUCUGACGAGGAGCGGCGGUUCUACUUAAAGAUGUAUCCCUCCGUUGAUUUGGUAAAUCUGCGCAAAGUACACUGCACCGUGUGCCGCCUCCACUUGGGAACUGCCCCGGUGUCCGAGAACAACAUCAAGAUGCAUCCCAUUUUGCGAGUGUCGCACUGCGUCAAGUGCCACGAUUUUUAUAACAGCGGCGAGUUUUCCAAGGGUGAGGACGGCUCCGAGCUCUACUGCCGCUGGUGCGGGCAAGGCGGCGAGGUAUACUGCUGCUCCACAUGCCCCUAUGUCUUCUGCAAGUCCUGCAUCGUAAAGAACCUAUCCAAGGGCGUCAUAACGGACAUUGAGCAGAACGAGAACUGGAACUGCUUCAGCUGCACCUCCAAGAUUCUGUGGCCCUUGCGCGCCCAGCACUGGGCUCUCGUAAACUUCAUCCAGACACAAAAAAGAGCGAUUCAAGCUUUGCCGCUACCCGAACUGGAAAUUCGUCGUCAAAUGCUCAAGGAUAACAGCAAUUGCUGCCGCUUGGCAAAGUCGAAGACUAGCAAUAUGUUAGACUCAGGGGAGAGCCUAGAAUCAAACGUCUCGAAACGCAGCCAAGGCAGCCCAGCGGCGGCUCCAAAGAGGACCAAGCCGUCUCCGGCACCACCGGCAAAGCGGCUGAAAGCCUCCUCUAACGAUGAGGUAGUCUGCACUCCUGAUCUUCUCAGCAUGCUAGAACCGGACUGCCAGCUGUCGACGCCCCCUAAAACAGGCGGUCGCAUGCCGGCGCUACCCGCAAAUGUCACCACCACCCCCAAGAUCAUCACAGUCCAGCAAAACUAUACUGGUCCCACACCCAGCAGUAGUACCGGCAGCAAUGGACGAGAAAGUGGGACAAUGCCAACGCUUCAGUCACGAAACAGUCUUCCGCCGCCGCUAGUCCUGAGUGGGUCGGGAAUACGCUACCGCCAGAAUGGCCCAAGUGGUAACAAUGUUGUGCGCCGGACAGUUGUUCCCAACCCGGUGCGAAGCUCGGGUCCUGUCUUUCACACCAUUAACGGUUUCCGGGUGGACUUGAACAGUGCAGCACAGCAGGACUCCUAUCGACUGCCGAAUGGCCGGUUAAUCCAAGUAAAGCGACAGGUCCCCCCGACACAGGCGCCGCCUGCACCGUCCCCGAUAGGCCUUCCGCCGGGCAUUGUUAUCCGACCACUGCGACCUACGCCCUCGGGAGGCGGUAGACAGUCCCAGGCACAGGGCUUUGGCAGCAACAUCGGCAUCUACAAUCCGCAAAGCAAUCAGCAGCAACGACCUCCUCAGAUUGUUCGGAUCGGAAGCAUGAAUCCUGCAGCCGCAGCCCAACAACAAGCCCAGCCAUCAAAUGUAAACGGAGGACAGCCGGCUGGACAUCCCAACCAGCCUGGGGCGAAGAGUUCAACACUGGUGCGCCGAAUAUUCCCAGAUAACCCGGUGGGACACGCGCGGACCCAGUUGCAGGAGCAAAUUUUCAGUGCCAUGGAGAUCUGCACGCAUCUCACCGGAAAGGUUGUGUCCCUAACCCACUCGAAUGCCUAUAAUCAGGUGCGAGGCUAUAUGGAUCUCAAGGAACUCUACAUUCACAUGUCAUAUCUGAUGACGUACGCAAUUGGACGAUUCAAGAACCUGCAGGAGAAGUGCUUGGUGGACAUGCGUGAGAUGGGAUUUAAGAACGAUGCCAAUAGUUUGGAGAACGGUCAGCUGGCAGCUGAAAAACAAGCCAGCGAUGACGAGGAUAAUGAGAUCGAAAUUGUGGAACCCAAGACAGAUACCAUUACCAUUGAUUCGGACAACGAAGAUUCGGACUCCACGUCGCCGAAAAAGGCGCAGGCUCAGUCGCCCCAUAAAUCGCAGAUGCUGGUCAAGUUGGCUCAGAAAAUACAGGAGAGGAGGACCCAACCACCCACUAAAGCGGCGGAUCAACAUGAAAAGCCCAUAAUGACAAUAACCUCAGUGACAUCAGCCGCUCCUAAGACGGAGGCAGGGGAAACCCAGGCGGACAUCGAUGUGGCUGCCUUUAGUUCCACAAUCCUCGCCAGCUUGCUGGAGGUGGACAUGAAUGGGCCGAACUCCAAGACAAAAUCGUCUGCGACUCAUAAAAAGCAGCCUCGCAAGAAAACGACGAACAAACCCAAUCCAGCGUUGCUCCAACUGGAACGAAAACGUAUGGAGGAAAUGAAGAAAUCCGAUGCCAAGUUGAAAAUGAAGGUUGUGGUGAAGUUGAGGAGGGCUGAGGACGAGUUUGAGGUAGCUCGUCUAUGGGCUGAAGAAAAUAAGAAGCGUCAGCAGGACAGUGAGGCAGAAAAUAAUACUGACGAACCAUUGACUUCCGAGGAACCUGUUUGCGCAAAGAAGGAAGCAUCUAAUCAAAGUCCACCAAGUAAGGACAUUUCAAAAUCUCCACCUACAACGGAAGACGUAGAAGACACCUCCAAGACAAACGAUGAAUCCGCAAUUACAAACGAAAAGGUUGAGGAACCCGAUGAAGCACAGGUAGCGUCAACAGACCCUGAAGAUAAAGUAAUAUUGGAAAGCGAAGAGGAUUCAGAGGAUCAAAGAGAAAAACAGCCUGAAAAUGUAGAAACAAUAGAAGAAUUGUCUGAUGGUAAAGAACAAACACCUGAGAAGGAACAGGAUCCAGUCCCAAACACAAAUAAUGCAGAUGAGACGAAAAAUAAUGCGGAUAAAGAAAAGGAACAUCAAGAAAUUAAAGAAACAGAAAAUGAACAAAUUAAAGACAGUGAUGCCGAUUCUAAUGACCUUUCAAAACCAGAAAAUAAAGAAAGUAAAGAAAAGAGUGUGACUCCGAAAAAGAAGGAUAAAUGCGACGAUGUGGAAGAAACUCCAGAAAUCGAUAAGACUGUGGUAGAGAAGCCAGCCGAACCCAUGGAAUCUUCUGAAAAUGUGAAAUGUGAAAAUGAGGAACCGUCUGCUGAUCUCGUAGAAAGCAUGGAUACCACAGAAUCGCUAGAAACGCCAAAAGAACUAAUGGAUUGCGGCUUAGACGACGACAUAGGAAUGGACGGCAUAGAGCUGAGUGAUGCCACGGAAGAGCUUAUCCAAGCACUGAGCCGGCAGAGCCCGGGAGCUUCCGAGAACGCUAAAGACGAGACUGAUCUGGAUAGUAAUGAUCUAAUGGAUGAACUACCACUUGAGACGGCCGAGCCACCUGAAAUUCUUUUAAGGGAAGAAGGAAAUGAUAAGUUAGGUAACAAAGUAAAACAGGAGGCAGAAGAUACACAAACUAUUAGGGAUGAAAAUGACGAAAGUGAUGUUCAAGCUCCCGUUACCGACUCUGUGGAUGACCCACUUCCCACAGCGACGAUUAUUGGCUAGUUUGUGGUGAUUAUUUGUGGUUCGGUCGAAUGAGAUGUAGAUCUGAACCUCAUCUUUUUAAAUUGAAGCACAAUUUUUUUUUGUUUUCCACCAUUCUUUUCCUGAAAAUGCUAGUUUUCUUGAAAAGAUAAUUUUCAAUUUAAAAAUUUACAUUCGCUUCCUAGCUCUAAGGCCAAUUUGUAAAAUAAAAGUCCGAUCAAUGAUAAGCUAUUUAGAGUUUCCCAUAUGCCAUUAGGAUUAAUUGUUGCAUUUCACGAUGCAUUGUUAUAUUUUCAAAAAGUUUGUAAAGCCUGCAAUCCCAAGGAAUGCUUGGAAUAAUGUAAAGUGUAUUCCAUGGCUACUGCAUGUUUAUUCAAUUUAGAAUAUACUAACGGAGUAAUAAAGCCAGAUGCACAUGAACAAAAAAAUUAUUGAUAUUAAUAAAUGUGUGUAGUUCUAAGUUAUAUUGAUAAAUAAAAUCUGAAGAACUAUUAUACAGUAAA